CUCGCCACUCGAAAACUAGAGGAAAGGGAUCAUGUUAUUGUAAAAGUGAUGCUGGCGAAUUCUAGUGUCAGGCUUGUGUAUGUUUGUCAUCGGUCAGGCAUUUAUGCGAGUCGAACAACUGGUAAAAAGUGCUGUAAAGGUCUAGUGAUCAAGAGAAUAAAUGCACAUUGCCCAUCCUCAAUCAUUGUCACAGUUGAGUCGGAGUGUGUAAAAGUGCAAUUUGGGAAAACUCAUGUUGGACAUCAAAUUGAUCUUGGGCAUCUCUUUCUCAGCAAAGAUGAGAGAACAUAUAUUGCUGGUAUGUUUUUAAGGAUUGGUGUUCCUUUUGAAAGAAUUUUGGAUGAUAUUCGGAAUUCCUUAAAUAAUGAAGAGCUAAGCCGGAAACAUCUUAUUGAGAGAAAAGAUCUACAUAACAUAGUGAGAGAUUUUGAUUUGGAUAAGUGUUCUGUGCAUGAGAGUGAUCCGAUAAGUGUAGAGCAAGGGAUACAAGAUGAAAGUGGAAUUUUAAAUAAAGAUGAUUUUCAUCUUUGUAUAAUGACUGAAUUUCAAGCAACUAUGCUUGAAAAAUUUGGAAAUGAUAAGAUAUGUGUUGAUAGCACUCAUGGCACAAAUCCUUAUGAUUUUCACUUAAUAACAUUAUUAAUUGUGGAUGAAUUUGGUUCGGGAUGUCCGGCUGCAUUUUGCGUAACAAAUAGACUUGAUUAUACUGCAGUCAGAUUAUUUUUUCAUGCUAUUAAAAGCAAGUGUGGCCAA